AUGUUUAGAGGUUUUGGUACAUUACUCUUGGCUGGUCUUGUUCUUGCUGUAAAUGGCCGGCACCCCAGGCAGGUUCGGCAGGUCGGGAGUGCAGGCAACCUCGCAGAAGUGUUAAGUGGCAGAGGUUUCCAAACUCUUGUUGACCUUGUGGUUAAAGCUGGUCUGGCCGAUACCGUCUCCAACAAUGGCCCCUUCACCGUGUUCGCUCCUACCGACGAAGCUUUCGCAGCCCUCGACCCCCAACUUGUUAACUACCUCCUUGCGAAUCCCGAAGUCCUCAAGAACGUGCUCCUUUACCACGUCCUGCCAGGUCAAGUCUUCUCCUCGAACUUGGAGAACGACCUUGUGGCAAAUUCCGCCCAGGGAAGGACUGUAAGGGUCAAUCUUUUCGCUAAUCCUUCGGGCGCGGUGGUCAACGGCGUAAACGUGAUCGAGGCCGACAUCCCCGCGAGCAACGGCGUCGUCCAUGUUAUCGACAAGGUCCUCCUGCCUCCCAAGGGCUCGGUCGUAGAUACCCUGGUUGGCGACGACAGAUUUACGACCCUCGUGGCUGCCGUGACCGCCGCUGGCCUGGCCGACACCCUCGCCUCUGAGGGGCCCUUUACAGUCUUCGCCCCUACUAACGACGCCUUCAACAAGCUCCCUCCUGGUACCGUGGACAGCCUCCUACAGGACAUCCCCGCCCUUCAGAAGAUCCUGCUGCGCCACGUCGUCCCUUCAACUCUCUAUUCUCGUGCUCUUCUGGGGAACACCUUUAGUACAGCGAGCCAGGAGGAGUUGUCAGUGUCCCAGGACGCCUUCGGUCGCGUAACAGCUUCCACGAGUGCCAACACCGCCCUCGUGACGAUUCCCAACACACCUGUUUCCAACGGAGUCAUCCACGUCAUCGAUACCGUUAUCUAA